GCGGAAUCUGGAGCCCUGGUUCCCUCCUGAGAGUCCGCCUUUAUCCGCAGCACUGGUCCACGUCCUCCAGCCACAGCCACUGAACCGCCGUCUGGAGCCUUUACCUCAUCACCAUGAGACUCCUGCUGGUAUGCCUGCUCAGCAGCACCCUGAUUGUGAGCGACUCGGAAGGAAGCAAUGAACUUCACCGAGUGUCUGAUGCUUCACACUGCAGCUGUCUGAAUGGAGGAAAAUGUGUGUUCUACAAGUACUUCUCCAACAUCUGGCGGUGUGACUGUCCAAAGAAUUUCCAAGGAGAGCACUGUGAGAUAGAUAAACUAGAAACCUGCUAUCACGGGAAUGGCCACUCUUAUCGAGGAAAAGCCAAUACUGACAUCAUGGGCCGGCAUUGCCUGGACUGGAACUCUCAUGCUGUCCUAAAGAAAACAUACAAUGCCCAGAGUUCUAAUGCCCUUCAUCUGGGCUUGGGGAAGCAUAAUUACUGCAGGAAUCCAGACCACCAGAGGAGGCCCUGGUGCUACGUGCAGGUGGGCCUACGCGUGCUUGUCCAAGAGUGCAAGGUGCAAGAGUGCUCUGUUGGAAAAAGGCCUACCCCUACUCCCAGUAAGCUGGAGUUUCAGUGCGGCCAGAAGGCUCUGAGGCCCCGCUUUAAGAUUGUUGGGGGAGAAUUCGCCACUAUUGAGAACCAGCCUUGGUUUGCAGCCAUCUACAGGAAGCACCGGGGAAGCAAUGACACUUACUUGUGUGGUGGCAGUCUCAUCAGUCCUUGCUGGGUGGUCAGUGCCACACAUUGCUUCAUCAAUAACCCAAAGAAGGAGAACUAUGUUGUCUACCUGGGUCGGUCCAGGAUCAACUCCAUGACACCUGGGGAAAUGAAGUUUGAAGUGAAGCGACUCAUCUUGCAUGAAGGCUAUAGUGCUGAUUCGCUGGCUCACCACCACGAUAUUGCCUUGCUGAAGAUACUUUCCAGCACCGGCCAGUGUGCAGAACCUUCCCGGUCCAUACAAACCAUUUGCUUGCCCCCAUCGCGUGGCGAUGUCAACUUUGGCUCAAGCUGUGAGAUUGCUGGCUUUGGAAAAGAGAAUUCCAUUGACUACAUGUUUCCAGAGAGGCUGAAAAUGGCUGUUGUGAAGCUGCUUUCCUACGAGGAGUGCCAGCAGCCCCAUUACUAUGGCUCUGAAGUCACCACCAAAAUGUUGUGUGCUGCUGGCACAAACUGGGAAACAGAUUCUUGUCAGGGAGACUCAGGAGGGCCCCUCGUCUGCUCCAAGGAAGGCCGCAUGAUUCUGACUGGGAUUGUGAGCUGGGGCAGUGGAUGUGCCGUGAAGUAUAAACCAGGAGUCUACACAAGAGUUGCAGAAUUUCUGCCUUGGAUCCGCAGACACAUUGGGGAAGAAAAUGGCCUCAUCCCCUGAGAACUCCAAGGGAAACCAAGGGAGGAGAUGGGGACCACCCACUUCCAUACUGAUCGUCCUUUUGGCAGUAGGGUCAUCUCCACCAGCCAUAAAUGAGAAAGUAGGUGGAUAGGCUCUACAAAGAUGGUUUUGCUUGUGCUGCCCAGCAAGACAAGUGACAGUAGCUGUAUACUCAGACCCCAGCCUGGGUGCUGGCCACCCAGACUCCCCUGGCCAGAGAGAAGGGGCAUUCCUAACUCAGCAUGGUAGUUUGUCAUUUUCUGGACUAAAGUCUCCUGGAGUUUAAAAAAAAAUGGCAUCUCCUAUGCAUAGGUGGAAAGAUUGCUAGCUCCCUCAACAAUGGUCAUUCAUGAGGCCCACUUUUGGGAAAUGAAUCAUUUCCCCGGUUAGGAAGUUGAUGUCUCUUGAUGGAGAUUGGCCCAUGUGGGAACAGCAGUCUGGGGAGUGGAGAUACUGAUGACUAAGGAAGGGUUCUGAUAUUCCAUAACUGUAUCAGGAAUUACUAUAUCAGAAUAUGUUUGUGCUUUGAUGUAUGGCCCACAAAUGUUAAGUGUGAGCAAGAGCUUGUGUAUUCCUGUAUCUGGCAAUAAGUAUAGAUAUUUCCUUAAAAUGUGUGAUACCACAAAGAGGGUCUGCUUGUAAAAUGUGUGAUACCACAAAGAGGGUCAACUCAGGUCUCUUUGGUCUCUCACAUGAUGAUGCCUGUGAAUGUAUCAUUCUGAGGUUCAACCUAGGACCAGCAUGAAAUGUUACCAUUUCAUUUCACGUGGAUUCCCUUUCUUGGCCAGUUACUCAUCAGCCUAAUUUAUCUAAUCUCACUGGGUGGGAUGAGGACCACUCCUGUACACUGAAUAUUUAAUAAUUAUAUUCUACUAUUUUAAUUUAUAUCUAUUUUUGUAACUCUGAAUAAAGACAAUAAAACUUGAUUUUUCUGAA